AAAGUUUUCUGGCUAUGGUAAAGAACCGCUGAUAUGUGCCUCAGACGGGAAAUAGCAGCGCAUAGCGUUUGGCAUGACACCACAAAGUUCUGUAACGUUACCUACAUGUGUAACCGUUCAUGUCUUUCUGAAACCUGACCCCCAGCAGCCAUCAUGCCACGACAUAGACUAGGCCACAUAGCGACAGCCCUUGGUAAAGCUGGUGUGUUUGUCGGUAUCCUGACCUACUCUGCCGUGCAGCUAUGUGCCCAGAUCCUCCCCCUGUCGGCCUUACAGUCCUACCUCCACGCUACAGACGCCAGUCUCGUGUCUCUGCUGUUGAGGCUGGGACAGAACACAGUCACGUUGUGCGCAUGCGUCAGCGCCUCUGUGUGCGUCAGGAUCGUGCUAGCAGUCUGCUUCGGCGUUACCAGGUUCUUAGUGGACGUCUUGGCGACAGUCUGGUUCUUCUUCGCGGCCGCCAAGGAGUCUCUCCUCAGCGGGGUUCUAAGACGUUUCCGAAGGAACGCGGCGUUCUUCAACUCGUACCUAGAAAACUGUGUUUACUUCCGCCGGUUUGUGACAAGACCCGGUCCGACACGUGACGACACCGACAGCGAGGAGGACACGAGCGGGAGUGAAGACGAGAUGUUGUUCGGGAGCGACGCGCCGGUUCUCUCGGAAAGACGUCCGUUCCGAGGACGAACUUUCCUCAUGCUGUUCUUCGGCGUUCCCAUGGUGAUGAUGUGGGCGCUCCUCCUCAUCCUGCCCAGCAUCAGGACCGGGCUGCGCAGGAGGAUCAGGAACGUAGAAACUAGUCACAGAUUCGCGACCACACAUUCCGAACGACAACCAACCCGUGGCGCGGAAGAACUGAGAUUUACUACACAGAAAACACAAACACGUCCCGAACUGUGUAAAAAGGCACCGGGGAGAGGGAAGAGAGAGCGGUGCGCGGUGUGUUUGCACAGGAAGAGUCGUGUGCGGCUGGUUCCGUGCGGGCAUGACAGACUGUGCGAGAGGUGCGCUACCAGAAUCAUGGACCCGGACUACCAGUACUCGGGUAUAUGUCCGCUGUGCAGGACUAGUGUGGAGGAAGUGGUGACAGGAAAAUAAAAUCCUCAACCUCCAACAUAAGAAAUUUCCCCACCACUGACGAGAGGUGCGCUACCAGAAUC